AUAGGCAUGAAAAACUUGUCAUUUAUUGUUUGAAUUCCAUAUAAAAUUUAGAAUGUGCGGUUGCCCGCCUUUCAUUGUUAAGAUCGGACUGCUGAUCACAAUACUUCCCACCAUAGUCGUUAAUAUAAUGGAAGUAAUCUUCUAUUGUGUAAAUUCAACAGUCGAAGAACAUCAGAUUGCCAAAAACAUAAACCUAGUAGCAUGCUUCAUUGCACUUCUAUCUCUGUCAUUUGGAGUUUAUGGAACGGUUAUGGAUAUAAUCUUUAUAAUUCGAGUGCUGAUGUUCGUAAUGAUAACAUUCUGCCUAUUUAAGAUAGUCAUGUGGAUAGUGUUCAAAAAUCUGUCUCCAACUGGAUCUUCUGACGUCGUCCACGAAUGGUUUCAGCUUAACACUGGCCUAUCGGUAUCAGCAAAUAAUAUGUUCGAUUCUGACGGUCAACUUCUGUAUGUACCUGCAUGAGCAAACUCGAGAGUUUCAAUUGGGCUUUUAGACUGUGGACCACCAUUGGACUAUGGGCAUAUUCUCAAUAAAUGUUGAAUAUACAAAA